AUGGCUCAAACCUCUUUUAACAAUGGCAGAACCAAUGAGGUUUUGGUGGAGGAGAGAGCAAGUGUUAGAACAUUCAUAUUAAAUAGGCCUAAGCAGUUGAAUACACUUUCUUAUCAAAUGAUAUCUCGGUUGUUGGAACUUUUCCAUGCAAGUGUAGGAGAUUCAAAUGUGAAGAUGAUUAUAUUGAAGCAAAAUGGAAGGGUUUUCUGUGCUGGUGGUGAUGUUACAGCAAUUGUUCGUAAUAUUCUCCAGGGUAACUGGAAAUGGGGUGCUGAUUAUAUGCGGGAAGAGUACACUCUUAACUAUGUGGUGGCAACAUAUUGUAAACCCCAGGUUUCCAUCCUUAAUAGGAUUGUCAUGGGAGGUGGACUUGGUGCCUCUAUACACGGUACAUUUCGAGUUGCAACAGCGAAGUCGGUUUGUGCUAUGCAUGAAACAGUUUUGGGGCUCUUUCCUGAUGCAGGUGCUUCUUACUUUUAUUCGAGGCUUCCAGGAUUCUUUGGGGAAUAUGCUGGUCUUACUAAUGCCAGGUUGGAUGGUGCUGAUAUGCUUGUUUGUGGUCUAGCAACUCAUUUUGUACCCUCGGAGAGGUUGCCAUAUUUAGAACAAGCACUAGCUAAAGUCAAUACGAGUGAUCCAGAUGUUAUUUCUGCCAUCAUUAAUCGCUUCUCUAACAUACCAAAACUGAAAGCAGAAAGUCCUUAUCACAAGAUGAAGAUUAUUGACCAUUGCUUCUCUCGGAGAACAAACGAAGAAAUCAUAUCUUCUCCUGAAAAUUAUGAGGCUUUGAACAAGAAGGAUGAGUACUGGAUCUCUUCAACUAUCCAAUCACUGAAGAAAGCAUCCCCAACAAGUCUUCAGAUUUCAUUGAGAUCAAUAAGAGAGGGGAGGCUGCAAGGUGUUGGUAGUUACCUUAUUCGGGAGUAUAGGAUAGCUUGUCAUGUGUUUAGAGGAGAAUUCAGCAAAGAUUUUUUCGAGGGAUGCAGAGCCAUACUCAUCGACAGGGAUAGAAAUCCCAAGUGGGAGCCCUCCAGACUGGAACUAAUUACAGAUGAUGAUGUUGAUCGUUACUUGUCCAAGAUAGAUGAUGAAGAUUGGCAGGACCUAAAGUUGCCUCCAAGAUCAAACUUGCCUCCAUAUGCAAUUGCCAAACUUUAA